AUGGCAAUAUCUAUCACAGAAUCUCCCAACGGUCAGUGUCAGAACCAACUGCCUUUCGCUGAAGAGUCCUCAGCCAACAAUGGCUUCCAUGCCGUUGAGCGCGACGCCACGUCUUGGGAUCAUUCCUUGCCAGCCAACCAGGGGCUUUAUCUCUCGGAGUACGAGAAAGAUGCCUGCGGUGUCGGUUUUAUCUGUCAUAUCAAAGGCGAACGUAACCAUAAAAUCGUCUCGGACGCUCGUCAGCUGCUCUGCGCCAUGACUCAUCGUGGUGCGGUCGGUGCCGACAGCCGUGACGGCGACGGUGCUGGCGUCAUGACCAGCAUCCCUCAUUUAUUCUUUAAACGAGAAGCCGAGAGGGAUAUAGGAUGUGUCCUCCCAGAAGUGGGAGAGUACGCUGUUGGCAACGUCUUCUUCAGGAAAGGAGAUCUUCCGUUGCUCCAGAGUUCCCAGACCACCUUCUCCAACAUCGCGAAUAGCCUUGGUCUCCGCGUUCUCGGCUGGCGUCAAGUGCCGACCGACGGCUCUAUAUUGGGUCCGGCCGCAAGCAGCAAAGAACCUGAGAUCUUUCAACCAUUUGUCGUCCUUCAAUCACACUACGGUGACAGUACCACGCCUCAGAAUGGCCCUUUCGACGCUAAACACUUUGAGCGCCAGCUAUACGUUUUGCGAAAGCACGCAACCCAUACCAUUACCCUCUCGAAAGGCUUCUAUGUUUGCUCUCUGUCGUCGAAGAACAUUGUGUAUAAGGGGCAGCUUUCUCCUCCCCAAGUAUACAAUUACUACCAUGAUCUCAAUCACGUCUUGUACUGUUCCCACUUUACUUUGGUGCAUUCGCGAUUCUCCACAAAUACUUUCCCUUCCUGGGAUCGUGCUCAACCAUUGAGGUGGGCAGCGCACAAUGGUGAGAUCAACACCCUUCGUGGUAACAAAAAUUGGAUGCGCGCUCGUGAAGGCGUUAUCUCCUCCACCAAUUUCGGCGACCAACUCGAUCUUCUGUACCCUAUCAUUGAGACAGGAGGUUCUGACUCCGCUGCCUUUGACAACGUACUCGAAUUGCUCGUCGUCAACGGUGUCGUCACAUUGCCGGAGGCGGUUAUGAUGCUCAUCCCUGAAGCAUGGCAAGGCAACGAGCAUAUGGAACCCGAGAAGAAGGCUUUCUAUAACUGGGCUGCUUGUCUGCAGGAGCCUUGGGAUGGCCCAGCUUUGUUCACUUUCAGUGAUGGCCGCUACUGUGGCGCCAACCUCGAUCGCAACGGUCUAAGGCCAUGCCGUUUUGUCGUUACCAGUGAAGACAUCAUGGUAUGUGCCUCUGAGGUUGGCGCCGUUUUCAUUCCCCCGGAGAAAGUCGUGCAAAAGGGUCGUCUCAAACCUGGCCGCAUGCUUCUUGUGGACACACUCGAAGGCAGGAUCGUGGAUGACAAGGAAUUAAAACGGGCCACGGCGGCUAAGCGAAACUUUGCGUCGUGGGUUGAAGCUCACGUAUUGCACGUCCCUAAUAUUGUCAAGCGUGUGAUACGCAGUAACGUUUCGAUUGAAGCCGUCAUUGACGAUACGACCCUGAGCACGGAUCCUAAGCUGCUAACCUUUGGCUACACGGUCGAGCAGCUCAACUUGCUCAUGCUACCCAUGGUUGAAAACGGCAAGGAGGCGCUGGGGUCGAUGGGGAACGACGCUCCACUGGCCGCAAUGGCGACGCAGCCUCGUCUCAUGUACGAGUAUUUCCGUCAGCUUUUUGCUCAGGUCACAAACCCACCCAUCGAUCCUAUUCGAGAGAGCAUCGUCAUGUCGCUCGAGACUUACGUCGGACCCGAGGGUAACCUGUUGGAGAUGAAGCCAGAGCAGUGCCACAGAAUCCUCUUGCCUUCACCUUUACUCACUAUCGAGGAAAUGAAUGCGAUGAAGAACCUCAAACACGCGUAUCCCGCCUGGCCUUCUAUUACCAUCGACAUUACAUUCCCGAAAGAAGAAGGUCUCCCAGGUUAUCAACUUGCUUUACAGCGUGUAUGCAGCGAGGCCGCGCAGGCCAUUGAAGAUGGCGUGAAAGUUAUCAUCUUGUCCGAUCGCGCGACAGGUCCCACUCGCGUCCCCCUUUCGGCACUCGCAGCGUGCGGUGGCGUCCACCACCAUCUAACGCUUCAAAAGAUGCGCGCCAAGGUCGCUCUGAUGGUCGAGACGGGCGAGGCGCGGGAGGUUCACCACCUUUGUGUCCUCGUUGGAUACGGCGCAGAUGCCGUUUGCCCAUGGUUGAUGAUGGAGACUAUACGCAAGAUUGCUCGGGAAAAUUUAAUCAAGGGUAACAAGACUGUCGACGAAUUAAUCACUCAGUAUUGUCGUUCAAUUGACAAUGGAAUCCUCAAGGUCAUGUCAAAGAUGGGUAUAUCGACGCUACAGUCCUACAAAGGCGCACAAAUUUUUGAAAUUCUCGGCCUCCACAGCGAGGUUGUGGAGCGGUGCUUCAUUGGAACUGCAUCUCGUGUCCAGGGUGCUACGUUUGAUUUGUUGGCUCUCGACGCAUUCGAGCUGCAUGAACGUGGCUGGCCCUCGCGGGAAACGAUCUUACCCCCUGGAAUGCCCGAGUCUGGUGAAUAUCACUGGCGUGACGGUGGUGAAGCCCAUAUUAAUGACCCAGCUGGUAUUGCGAGCCUGCAAGAUGCCGUACGGGAAAAGAAUCAAACAGCAUAUGAUGCGUAUGCUCUUAAUGCCAACGAGCAAACGAAAAGCAUACAUCUCCGCGGCCUCCUUGAUUUCCGCUACGAGAAUGCCACACCGAUUCCAAUCGAGCAAGUCGAGCCUUGGAAUGAGAUUGUUCGGCGUUUUGUCACGGGCGCCAUGUCUUACGGAUCUAUCUCAAUGGAAGCUCACUCUACCCUGGCGAUCGCCAUGAACAGACUUGGCGGGAAAUCGAACACGGGUGAAGGAGGAGAAGAUGCGGAGCGAUCUCAGGUGCUGCCCAACGGUGAUACUAUGAGAUCAGCGAUCAAGCAGGUUGCAUCAGGUCGUUUCGGCGUUACAUCUAACUAUCUGGCCGACGCGGAUGAACUUCAAAUCAAAAUGGCUCAGGGCGCUAAGCCAGGAGAGGGUGGCGAGCUGCCAGGUCACAAGGUCUCAGUAUCCAUUGCUCGCACGCGUCACUCUACUGCUGGUGUUGGUUUAAUCUCGCCUCCCCCACACCACGACAUCUACUCUAUCGAGGACCUUAAGCAACUCAUUUACGAUUUGAAAUGCUCCAAUCCCCGUGCACGUGUGUCUGUGAAGUUGGUCUCGGAGGUUGGCGUCGGCAUUGUGGCCAGCGGUGUCGCCAAGGCAAAGGCGGAUCACAUUCUUAUUUCCGGCCAUGAUGGUGGUACUGGUGCGUCACGCUGGACCAGCAUCAAAUACGCGGGGUUACCGUGGGAGCUUGGUCUCGCUGAAACGCAUCAAACCCUCGUACUGAAUGACCUCCGCGGACGUGUCACUGUCCAAACCGAUGGUCAGCUUCGAACUGGCCGUGAUAUUGCUAUUGCCUGUCUCUUAGGUGCCGAGGAGUGGGGUUUUGCAACUACGCCACUCAUUGCCAUGGGUUGCAUCAUGAUGCGUAAAUGUCAUUUAAACACCUGCCCAGUCGGCAUUGCAACACAAGAUCCCCAGCUGCGUGCCAAGUUUUCGGGGCAGCCAGAGCAAGUCAUCAAUUUCUUCUACUACCUCGCCGAAGACCUUCGCAGAUUUAUGGCAAAGCUCGGCUUCCGAACCAUCAACGAAAUGGUUGGCCGUGCUGACAUGCUCAAAGUAGACGAAAAACUUCGAACGUCCAAGACCGCGCACUUGGAUCUCUCCGCAGUUCUGAAACCCGCAUGGCAGAUGAGGCCAGGUGCCGCCACUUACCGUGUUCGCCAACAAGAUCACAAACUCUAUAUCCGUCUUGACAACAAAUUCAUCGAUGAAUCCGAGGCUGCUCUAACGCAGGGUUUACCGGUUCACAUCGAAUGUGAUGUUACCAACACCGACCGUGCCCUAGGAACAUCACUGUCUCACCGUGUUUCCAGGUUGUAUGGGGAAGAGGGCUUACCGAGAGACACCAUUCAUAUCGGCAUGCGUGGAUCUGCUGGCCAAUCGUGUGGAGCCUUCCUCGCUCCGGGUAUCACCAUUGAACUUGAGGGUGAUGCCAAUGAUUACGUCGGAAAGGGCUUGUCCGGAGGCCGUCUCAUUGUGUAUCCUCCGAAGCAAUCCACGUUCAAAGCUGAAGAGAACAUCAUCGUCGGUAACGUCUGCUUGUACGGUGCUACUUCUGGUGAAGUAUUUAUCCGAGGCAUUGCCGCCGAACGUUUUGCUGUUCGUAAUUCAGGUGCUAACGCCGUUGUCGAGGGCACCGGCGAUCACGGCUGCGAAUACAUGACUGGAGGUCGUGUUGUCGUCCUUGGUACCACAGGUCGGAACUUUGCGGCCGGCAUGAGUGGCGGUAUUGCCUACGUUCUCGACACUGCUCACACGUUUACUUCCAAGGUCAACAUGGAGAUGGUAGAGCUCGGGAAGGUUACUGAUCCUAAGGAAAUCGCUGCUCUCAGGGGACUUAUUGAGGAUCAUCGGCACUACACGGGAUCUGAGGUUGCGGACCGCGUUCUUCACGACUUCCACCACUUACUUCCGUUAUUCGUCCGUGUCAUGCCAUUGGAUUACAAGCGUGUUCUCGAAGAGCAAGCCGCCAAGGAGAAGGAAGAGAAAAUGCGAAAUAGCUUUAUCGACCUUGUUCCAUCGCGAACGGCGAGCCAGGUGGACCUCGCUUCCGAAGGCCUUGAAGACAUUUUACUCCCCAAGGAACCUGCUCCUCCUGCAGUUACCAAGCGCCACGAGCCUGCUGUUAGUGAUAUGGAGGACUCGCUGGUCGAUGAUUCAGCGACAAAGCAACGCCUCCAUAAACUGGACAAAAUGCGUGGGUUCAUGAAGUACCAACGGUUGAAUGAACCGUAUAGACCUCCUCGCAAACGCACCAAGGAUUGGAAAGAAAUUUCCACUCGGCUCACCGAAAGCGAACUUCAGUACCAAUCUGCUCGCUGUAUGGACUGCGGCGUACCGUUUUGUCAGUCGGACACGGGUUGUCCCAUUUCGAACGUCAUACCUAAGUGGAAUGACUUGGUCUUCAAGGGUCAAUGGCGAGAUGCGUUAAACAGGUUGCUCUUGACAAAUAACUUCCCGGAAUUCACGGGUCGUGUAUGCCCUGCUCCAUGCGAGGGCGCAUGCGUUUUAGGGAUCAACGAGCAACCUGUCGGCAUUAAAAGCAUUGAGCGUGCGAUCAUUGACAAGGCGUACGAGAUGGGCUGGAUGGCUCCUGACCCACCCACCUUCCGCACGGGAAAGAAAGUGGCUAUAAUUGGAUCCGGCCCUGCUGGCCUCGCCUGUGCUGAUCAGUUGAACAAGGCUGGCUAUCUAGUCACAGUUUAUGACCGCAACGAUCGGAUGGGAGGACUUCUUAUGUACGGUAUCCCAAACAUGAAGCUAGACAAGAGCGUAGUUCAGCGUCGCCUAGAUCUGAUGCAAGCCGAGGGAAUCACUUUCGUUCCAAAUGCUCAUGUGGGCGUCAAUGUGGACGCAGCGGCACUCCGGGCCGAACACGACGCGGUGGUGGUUUGUACCGGUGCGACAUGGCCGCGAGAUCUCAAGAUUCCAAACCGCAACGCAGACGGCAUUCACUUUGCUAUGGAGUAUCUUCAGUUGAACACCAAGUCCCUUCUUGACUCCGAGUUGCAAGGCGGUAAUUACAUAAAUGCUCGAGGCAAGGAUGUGAUCGUUAUUGGGGGUGGUGAUACUGGCAACGAUUGCAUCGGGACUGCCAUGAGACACGGAGCGAAGUCCGUCACGAACUUUGAGCUACUUCCCAAGCCUCCUGGGUCGCGUGGUAGGGAUAAUCCUUGGCCUCAAUGGCCCCGAAUCUUUAGGACCGAUUAUGGUCACACAGAAGUUGCCGCACACUUUGGGCAGGAUCCUCGGGAAUAUUCCAUCUCCACGAAGGAGUUCGUAAUAGAUGACGACGGAAAGCUCAAAGGCGUAAAUACAGUUCGCGUUGAGUGGGCGAAGGAUAGCGGAGGACGAUGGAAGAUGGAAGAGGUCCCCGGCUCGGAGAAGUUCUUCCCUGCUCAGUUGGUCUUCUUGGCUCUUGGUUUCCUCGGACCACAGACGGAAGUUGUCAAAGCAUUGGAUUUGAAGCAGGAUGCUCGAUCGAAUAUUCAAACCCCUCCCAAGAAAUACUCUACGGGUGUUGAUGGUGUCUUCGCGGCCGGAGAUUGUCGUCGCGGACAAUCGCUUAUCGUAUGGGGGAUCCACGAGGGACGCGGUGCGGCCGCGGAAGUGGAUGCUUGGCUUAUGGGUGGAUCUACAAGAUUGCCCAGCGCAGGAGGGAUCAAGACUAGGACCUUCGCCCCCCCUCCCACGAAAGUCGUUAAAGUGGAGGCUUGAGAAACCGCGUAUGUCAAGCUCAUACAAGCAUCAUAUAUAUAUAUGUAUUCCACACGUGUAUUUUGGUUACACAGACGUGCAAUUGUGUGCAUAGACAAGUUUCAAUCGAGCAUUAUCGCUCAGUA